AUGAACAAAGAGAAAAAUGGAAAGAACUAUGGAUUUGUCCGAUUCCUAGGUGUGGAAGACGUCAAAAACUUGGAAUCCAAGUUACACGGGGUUAUAUGCAGAAACAAUAUACUGGAGGUAAACAUUGCUAGACAUGGGAGGAAGGCGCCUCACGAACCAAUACGUCACAAAUCGAGACCGCCGACAACCAUGGGAACUCACAACAUUGUCGGAUCGGGAUUUGUGGAUAACCGCUCAUACGCACAAGUCACCGGUGCCAAGGCGUCGCAUCGGCCUCCUAUAAUCAGAUCAGUUGGGUCUCCUGGUUCUUUCCCCACGAUCAAACUACAAAGCGAUAAACACAUGGAUCAUUGGAUAAAAAAAUCCACUCUUAUUGGCGAAGCCAAAUCGAUUCCUCACUUAGGACAUAUGCCGACGUUGAUAUCGUUCCACAGUGAGCAUCGACCCUCUGUCAAAUACCUACGUGGAUUGUUGGCUCUCAUCAACUUUGAUUCCACAGUCAACGCGCGGAGGUUCCUCGAAAAUGAUAGCAACUGGAAAGAUACGUUUAAUUGGUUAAAACACGGUGGCAUUGAAGAAUCAAAAUUCGAAAGGGUUGCACGGAUCCUGGAGCGGGUGGACCUAUCUGUUGUAAAACUUGUCAUUCUCACUAGCGAAAAGAAAAAACUUAACGAUGAAUUUAAUGUGGAGGUGGAUGGUAUCUCUUUCACUGUGGGUGUGGUCGAAUACGAAGAUGAACCAUGGUUUCCUUUUAAAUUUGACACCGAAAAUGAACCAUAUGAAACAUAUACUUCAGAUUCCGACUCAAAAUUGGCAAAUUCUCCAAUGGCGGAAGCUACUGAUGAUGACGACGACAUUGAUUCCUCAGAUGAGGAUUCUAUUGAAGAUACAUAA